GUUUGCGCCACAGUCACGGAGCAAAAAAAUAUUUUUUUUAAACGCCCGACAGGAAGUCCCGUUUCUUUCCCGCCCCCACCCCAAUCACUACGGUCCGCCUGUCUUUAUCAGCCGCUGUCCAAGCAGGCAGCACAGUGGUGUCUCUGCUCCAACUCUCCGCAGAAUCCGUGGGUAAGUAGCUGCAGCGGCCCGGCACGGGAACUCUGUCUACGGCUGAGACGAUGGCCAGGACUAGUUUCUGCGACUCCAAGCCCCUGCUGGACUUACAUAAGAAGGUGAACACCAGCUCAAAGAAAAGUCUAGAAAUAAAAAGUUCUUGGUUUUGCCUAGUUUGGUUUCAGAAGAAUUGCUUUCAGCUGGUUUGGUCACAGGUGUCAGGGAGUCCUUGAUUAGACGGCCUGGGUGAUUCCGGUGAUAUGAUGGGUGAACAGAGUAAAAACUGCUGCCAAGAAUCCCCCUUACAUAGUUUUUGUCUCUUUUUCUGAUACGAAUAUGGCAUAUAUUUUUAUAUUUUCUUGAUCACACCGAGGUAAAUGGCGGAUGAGAGACGAGGCCCUUUAAGAAGUUUGGCCAGUGUCUAUGGGCUGGUAGAUCGUUGGCAGCCUGUAGAUGUAGGUCCACAAGAAACCAAGAUAACUUCAUCCAAAAUGAAGACAGAUCUAAGCUCUUGGUGGUAGAUGGUAGAUGGAAAAUAUUUUUUUUCUUGAGAACAAUGAAAAAAAAUCAAACCCACCUAUCACCCUACUCUAUGUAUUCCAAAUAAAGGCCUAUAUUCUUUUCUCCAGAACUAGGGUAACUAUUUCUCUAACAGGUCUGCCUAGUUUUGUUUCAGAAGAAUUGCUUUCAGCUGGUCUGGUCACAGGUGUCCGGCAGUCCCUGACUAGAUGACUGGGGCCCGGUGAUAUAUGAUGGGUGAACUAUUGUCUGAGCUCUAACUUUGUGGAAUUCCCAUUAGAGUAGAAACUGCUGCCAAGAAGCCCCCCUGAUACGAAUAAUGUGGCAUGUAUUUUGUAUGUUUCCUUAGUCAUACCGAGGUAAAUGUCUUUGUCACACAGGCGGAUGAGAGAAGAGCCCCUUUUAGAAGUUUGGCCAAUGUCUACGGGCCGGUAGAUCGUUGGCAGCCCGUAGAUGUAGGCCUACAAGAAACCAGGAUAACUUCAGUCAAAAUGGAGACAGAUCACAGAUGGGUAUGCUCCCUGUCCUGCUUGUUUUUCUCUUUUUUUAAAAGUCUCCAAAAUCUUUCUCUUUGUUCAUGACUUGUUGGUUAGAAAAACAGCAUCUAGGCCAUGUCUUCUGUCUUCUCAACUCUUAUGUUGGUAACUUUGCUGUAUUCUGUGUAGGCUAAAUUUGGCACACUGAUUACCUUCUGCAUCAGUCCCACAUACUGUAACGUGUAAUGCAUUAUCUAUUUGAAGGAAAGGAGGUUAUCCGCGCAAAAAAAUGAAGGCAUCCUACUGGGGAUCCAUGAAGACAGUCGAACACGUUCAGCUGGUAGUUAUGGCCUUCAAACUUGGUAACAUAAAGCACUUAAUAUAGGAGUGUGUGUGGUAGUGGUGGUGCUUGUGGGUGAUUUCAAACAACAUACCAAUUUACCAUCUAAUCCGACAUUGAUUAAACUCUGAACAAUGCUCUGUCUGUCUUGUCCUGAUUUCCUUCGGCCAUCAUGAACAGCAGCAGGCUGUGUGGAGGAGCCCGUGCUUCUUCACCCUUUUAGUCUGCAGGGCCUUCACAGCCUGCAGGCUCUGGUACCCGGCCUGCUGCGCCAUGAAGUAGAGUUGGCAUUGGAGAAGCUGGACCUCAUAUGGGACCGAACAUAUGCCUGGGAUAUAUUCUUGGAAAUGAUGGUAAGAUAUUGUUUACUGGAGUCACCAGACUGCUCCAUGAGUUAUUGAACAUUAUUCUCAUAAUAUACGGUUGGCUUUAUACCGUGGUAGAUCACUCACUGACUAUAGCUCUUUGUAUAAUAAUUGGACACCCCUUGUGUUGUUUUGUCUAUUUACAGAGGACUCAGACUCAAAACUCUUUUCCUAAUGCUGACCUGCCCCGGCAUUUUACUGAUGCCACUCGUGCCAUACUAGUAGACUGGCUCAUUCAAGUCCAUGUAAGUGUCUGUGGAUGAAGAGUAUAAAGAGCAUAAAAAGAGGGUGUAUAUUUUGCAGAGGUACAGAUAGUGUGAGCCUGUGGCUUUCUAUCUAGUUUCCAAGUAAAAUGCUGAAAAAUUGAUCAAAAUCGCAAACACGUUACCCUAACAGUCUUUGUUUUGUAGCUGGUUGUAAAGGGAUUGGAACUAAAACUGGUGCCUCUAUGUGACCUGCUAACAGAUGUAUGAGACCAUCAGCAACAACGUUGACUAUUUUGUUGGUUAAUUUUUAACGCUUGCUACUGCUGUCAAAGGGUCGGUUUCAGACAAAGCAACGUACAGCACUAAAACUAGAUAUGACUUUGUCUACAUUUUCCACGGAAGAAGAUUCACUGCUCAGAAAUUUGACUGUCAGAAGGCAAGAAGGAUAUUCUUGGUCAAGCUCAGCAAAGGUGUAAGGUGUUCCCCAUUGUUCAGGGUGACCACUAAGAAGUUGCUCUAAGAGGUUAUAACAAAAGAGCACAUCUAAAGCUCAGAAUUAAAACUGAAUAGUUCAUUUUUGUGUUUUAUAGGUUGUGGUUGUAUACAGGGUUGGGUGCCAUCCAUGUUCUUGUGCCCUUUUUAUUUCAGACAGGGCAUCUCCAAACCCUAUUUUAUAACUAACUAAAGCAAACUUGCUGCAAGCUGUGUCUCAAUCUUCUGAUGUUCUGCUCUCCCAAACACUAUUUAAAAUACUGAUUUUUAUGAUAUUUUUCUGUUUCCAAUUUACACAUACCCUGUUUAAUCUCAAUCAGGAGUUGAUGAGUUUUCAAGAAGAGACCCUUUACCUGACUAUUCACCUUCUUAACCGCUCCCUGCAUCAUAUUAAAGUGGCCACAGCCAACCUACAGCUCCUGGGCAUGGUUUGCCUCUUUAUUGCAGCAAAAAAGGAGGAAUGCCUUCUCCCUGAGGUACAGACUCACUGUAGCUUUAUACAUGAUAUAUUGAAGUCACUUGAUUGGAUGUGUUCUCCACGGAUAGAAACGCAAAGCACAUUAAUAGCACAUUGCAUGUCAAUUUUGAUCUGAUAAGAGCCGAUAUAAAUUGAUUUUACUUUGAAUGUUUUUACCAAUUCAUUACGAUGAAUUCCCGUUUCCCAAUUGUCAUUAUUCCACAUGCUUUGCAGGUGUCUGCUCUGUGCUACUUGAUGGACCACACCUACACUAAGCAUCAGCUGCUGCGAAUGGAGCGUAAAGUCCUCUGCGGACUGGAGUUUAAUUUAACCCACUGUUCUCCGCUGCAUUUCCUCAUCCUGCUUGCCUCUAUUGCUCGCUGCAGUGCUAAGGUCUUGAACAUACAGUGUGUUUUGGUUCUGAGUUUUAAAAUCAAUGUGGUUAUUUUCCAGUUUCUUUCAACCUGAAGUCUCACCUUUUGCUAUCAGGUGGUGUGGAUGGCACGUUAUCUACUGGAGUUGUCUCUGCUUGAAGGCGAGUGCGUGGCGUUUCUUCCCGUGCAGCUGGCAGGAGCAGCCCUCUGCUUGUCCCGCCGACUUUUGAAGGAGCCCCCGACGCCCGAAGGGGAAGCGGCCUGGUGUUUGGCCUCCAGCAUCAAUGUUGGCAGGUGUGUAUGCUGGCCCUUUUCCACACCAGAAUACAUUUACUAAGUGGUCCUAGCAUUUGAGUUGCUACUUUGGAUGUCUACAUUUAUUCUGUUGUGUAAUUGAUAUUUGUUUGUACUUUUUAGUGAAACUGCUCUGCUGAGGAUCAUGCACAUUUUGGCCACUGCUGCGGCCAAGGCUCAUAGUCGAGAAACCUGUGCUACUUUUCUGAAAUUCUCCUCUCCAGAGACCAUGAAUGUUAGCAGGCACCCAGAGUUAAGUAAUGCCCCCAGUCUGCUAGGCAUAUGCACAUGAUAUUGUUAACUUCCAUGAACUUAUUUAUACCACAGCUUCAAGGGAGAAACACUGAACCUUUACACUCUUAGUGUGCUCCAGGACUGUAUAUGAUGAGCUAAAGAUCCUAAGGAAUUAUCAUUGAAAUGAUUGAGGAACUGAUGAAUUAAAUGCCAAAUACAGAUAAUUUUGCACAAGUUAUGCAUCUAUGUGAUUGACUUUAAAGCAAACAAUGUUUUAUGCUCUUAUCAUGCAGCUGAUUUUGAAAAUAUUUGAAUUGUGUUGAUGUCCUUGUCUUGUCAGUUUUUGAAGAGGAUGUGGGCUGUCAAGUUCUUUCUGUAUUUUAAUGUAAAAUAAAGUGUCUGCUGCAACA